AUGAAACGCCAACCUCUCGCCCUCUUAAAUGGCCUGGAGGGAGGAACGGUGGUAAAAAGUUUCAUAAUUUCUCAUGCUGAUGUUUGGAUUCUUAUUCAGCUUUUCCCUUUUCUUGAAUCUCAACAUCUUUUAACCAAACACAUGAACAGCUUUAGGCAAAAUUUCCCACUGUAUGAUGAAACUUUCGUGUUUAAUGUUUGA